AGUUUUUUUUUUUUUUUGAGGGGGGGACGUUAGCAUAGAGAGAUUAUUUACAUGUUAUGUGGCAGUGAGGGACAUAAAAGGAGGGUCUCUCUGCAGUGCGAAGGGGGUGUGUUUGGAGGAUUGUGGGAAUUGAAGGCUCCCUGAGCAGUAACUAAGGCUGAUGUGCUGGGGGCCUGGAGAGGGGCAGCCCGAGGCGGGGGUGGCGUGGGGGAGAAUGGCUGGGUCCGGGAGCGUGCGGGGAGCGGGUUCGGCCCGCGUGGUACCUCCCCACUUAGAUGCUGUACCCGAUCAGUGACAGGAGACCGACAGGGACCCACCCCCAAUCCCCAAACGAUGGCUAACGGACUGAUCCCACCUCCCGGGGGCGCCUCUCCUCUCCCCCAGGUCCGGGUGCCGGUGAAGGAGCCUCCUCUGAGCCCUGAUGGAGAAGAAGAUGACGAAGACUUGGGAAAGACCUUGGCUGUCCGCAGGUUUGGGGACCUGAUCAGCAAACCUCCGGCCUGGGACUCUGAAAAACCAAGCCGAAGCUACAGCGAGAGAGACUUUGAGUUUCACCGUCACACAUCCCACCACACACACCAUCCGCUGUCAGCUCGACUGCCUCCCCCACACAAGUUUCGUCGACUACCCACCACCUCUGCCGGUCGGGCCAGGAGAAAGAGGAAGAAGGAGAAGACCUCUGCUCCCCCGUCUGAAGGCACCCCUCCCAUCCAGGAGGAGGGGGCAGCUGGGGCAGAGGAGGAAGAAGAGGAGGAAGAAGAGGACGAAGAAGGGGAGUCUGAGGCAGAGACAUUGGACCAGGAACCCUUGCCUGUAGGGUCCCCAAGCAGAGCCAAGUUUUCCAUUGGGAGUGAUGAUGAUGACAGUGUGGGCAUCCCACGGAAAAGUCUCUCCACAAAGUCCUUGUCUCAGCCUGGGCUGGGCCUGGACCAUGACACUGAACAAUGCAGCAGCUCCCUGCCCCAGCUGUACUCUUCUCCCAGUCCCCCUGUUCCCCGGCCCCGGACCCCUCGAGGCAUGGAUGAGAAGGCCAGGCCAUGGAGUCCUUCAGCAAGUUAUGACCUGCGGGAGCGCCUGUGCCCUGGCAGUGCCUUGGAAAGCCCGGGCAGCCUGGAGCAGCAGGUGCCCACCGAUGAGGCUGAGGCUCAGAUGCUUGGCUCUGCUGAUCUGGAUUACAUGAAGAGUCAUCGGCUGGAGGAUAACCCUGGAGUUCGGAGGCAUCUUGUGAAGAAGCCUUCCCGCAUCCAGGGGGCAAAGAGUAGCCCUGGAAGUCUGGCUCCUGUUUUGAGGAGGAAAAAGAAAAAAAAGAAGCUGGACCGGAGGCCUCAUGAGGUGUUUGUGGAACUAAAUGAGCUCAUGCUGGAUAAGGCCCAGGAGCCUCAGUGGCGUGAAACUGCUCGAUGGAUCAAGUUUGAGGAGGAUGUGGAGGAGGAGACCGAGCGUUGGGGGAAGCCCCAUGUCGCUUCACUGUCUUUCCGCAGCCUCCUGGAGCUGAGGAAAACCAUUGCCCGAGGGGCCACCCUCCUGGACCUGGAGCAGACCACCCUGCCCGGUAUCGCUCACCUUGUGGUAGAAACAAUGAUCAUGUCGGACCAAAUCCGUCCUGAGGACCGAGCAAACGUGCUGCGCACUCUGUUACUGAAACACAGCCACCCUAAUGAUGAUAAAGAUGGAGGAUUUUUCCCCCGAAAUCCAUCCAGCUCCAGUGUGAACUCCAUGCUGGGGAAUCAUCACGCACCUCCAGGCCAUGUUUCUGACAGCGCUGUCCCUGCCAUGGGGGAUGACCUCAGUGAACCCGCUCCGCUCUGGCCCCAUGACGCUGAAAACAGAGAGAAGCCCCCGUACAUCCCUGGGGGAGAUGCCCACCGAGGGAAAAGCCUGAAGCUGCUGGAGAAGAUUCCUGAGGAUGCAGAAGCCACUGUUGUGCUUGUGGGCUCGGUCCCUUUCUUGGAGCAGCCUGCCGCGGCCUUUGUCCGGCUGAACGAGGCUGUGCUCCUGGAGUCUGUCCUCGAGGUUCCCGUGCCCGUCCGCUUCAUCUUUGUGAUGCUGGGGCCGCGAGAGACCAGCACCGACUACCACGAGCUGGGCCGCUCCAUCGCCACUCUCAUGUCGGACAAGCUGUUCCACGAGGCCGCGUACCAGGCGGACGACAAGCAGGACCUGCUGGGCGCCAUCAGCGAGUUCCUGGACGGCAGCAUUGUGAUUCCUCCAUCGGAGGUGGAGGGCCGCGAUCUGAUGCGGUCAGUGUCCGCUUUCCAGCGGGACCUGAUCAGGAAGAGGAAGGAGCGGGAGGAGGUCAAGACCCAGAUGUCCUCGCCGGAUUUGUACAGUGCUUCGAGGAAAGAUCUGUCCUUGCAGACAGGAAGCUCCGACGGAGGCUCAGAAGAUGACCCCCUUAAGAGGACGGGCUACAUCUUCGGGGGAGUGAUCCGAGACGUGCGACGCCGGUACCCGCACUACAUCAGCGACGUGACGGACGCGCUGCACACCCAGUGUCUGGCUGCGGUGCUCUUUAUUUACUUUGCGGCCCUGAGCCCGGCUAUCACCUUUGGGGGGCUGCUGGGGGAGAAGACCGAGGGGCUGAUGGGUGUGUCGGAGAUGGUGGUCUCCACUGCCGUGAUCGGUAUCAUCUUCUCCAUACUGGGGGCCCAGCCGCUGCUGGUGGUGGGCUUCACGGGGCCAUUGCUCGUUUUUGAGGAAGCUUUCUUCAAGUUCUGCCAGGCCCAGCAUCUGGAGUUCCUCACAGGCCGGGUUUGGGUCGGCCUCUGGAUAAUCAUCUUUGUGGUCAUCCUGGUGGCCGCGGAAGGCAGCUUUCUGGUCCGGUACAUCUCGCCGUUCACCCAGGAGAUCUUUGCUUUUCUCAUCUCUCUCAUUUUCAUCUAUGAGACUUUCCACAAACUCUAUAAGGUGUUUAGAGAACAUCCCAUACAGGGCGAGUACCCUCAAGAUUCAGACUUGCAAAGGGCCUUAGAGUCUGACCAAGAUCUGAAUUCAACUGCACUGCCUACCACGGAGGGCCCCCCGGGCUCCCGAAAGCAGCCCAACACUGCACUGCUUUCCCUCAUUCUCAUGCUUGGGACUUUCUUCAUUGCUUAUUUCAUGCGGAAAUUCAGGAACAGUCGAUUUCUGGCCGGAAAGGUACGCCGAAUUAUUGGAGACUUUGGGGUCCCAAUCUCCAUUCUGGUGAUGGUUUCAUUGGAUUACUUUAUCAUUGACAACUAUACCCAGAAACUGAAUGUGCCUUCCGGGCUCUCAGUGACUUCCCCGGAUAAGCGCGGUUGGUUCAUCCCCCCGCUGGGAAUCUCUCGACCUUUCCCACCUUGGAUGAUGGUGGCAGCAGCUGUCCCCGCUCUUCUCGUCCUCAUCCUGAUCUUCAUGGAGACACAGAUCACUACGCUCAUUGUCAACCAGAAGGCUCGUGGGCUGCUGAAGGGCUCAGGCUUCCACUUUGACCUCCUGUUGAUCGCCUCUCUGGGGGGCCUGUGUGGGCUCUUUGGGCUCCCCUGGCUCACGGCUGCCACCGUUCGAUCUGUCACCCACGUCAAUGCCCUCACGGUCAUGCGCAAGGGCAUCGCGCCCGGGGAGAAGCCCCAGAUCCAGGAGGUCAGGGAGCAGCGGCUCACAGGAGUGUUCGUUGCCGGCCUCGUGGGCCUGUCCAUUGUGAUGGGGCCGAUGCUGCGUAGGAUCCCCCUGGCCGUGCUGUUCGGCAUCUUCCUGUACAUGGGCGUCACCUCUCUGUCGGGGAUACAGCUCUCGGAGCGGGUAGUGCUCUUGCUGAUGCCUGCAAAACACCAUCCUGACGAGCCCUACGUGACCAAGGUCAAGACUUGGCGUAUGCACCUGUUCACCUUCAUCCAGCUGGGAUGCAUCGCGCUGCUGUGGUUGGUGAAGUCCACGGUGAUCUCACUGGCCUUCCCCUUCGUGCUGCUGCUCACGGUACCGCUGAGGCACUGCGUGCUGCCUCGGAUCUUUCAUGAAAGGGAACUUCAGGCGCUGGACUCCGAAGAUGCCGAACCCAACUUUGAUGAGGAUGGCCAAGAUGAAUAUGAUGAGCUCCAUUUGCCAGUGUAAAAGCUGGAGAGGAGGUCCCUCAGAGACCAUUGGGAGGAGGGGAAGCCCGGAGGUCCCCCCCAGCUUGGGCAUGGGGCCUGAGCAAGGACCCGGCCCCGCAGCUGAUGAGACAUCUGACUGCUCAGAGAUGUGCCUGGCACUGUUACCAACCCUCAAAGCAGAGGGACCUCCCUGACUUCCACCCAGGACACUGCUUCCUCCUCUCCCACAGCCCCGUUCCAGACCUUCAUCCCAAUUCAGCUUUGAACCUCAUUACAACCAGACGGCUCAUCUUC